AAAAACUAAAGGAGGAGGUGAAGACCGAAGAAGAGCGAGAGCGACCGCUUCCCUUUCCCCUCUCUCUCUCUCUUUGUGUUUAUUUGAGACAAGGAUGAUAUCAGUUCCCCAAACCCUUCAUCUUUAAUUUUAUAUUGUUGUGUAACCCGCACUUUCUUUUUAGAGAAGGUGAUUACCAUAAAAGAAAGAAAGGAGAGAGAGUGUGUGUGAGAGAAAAAGAAAGAAAGAAGAACUGUAGAAGCUAUCAAAACCACCGAGGGGAAAACGAUGUCUAAGAGCUUUACAUCCUUUCAUACCCUGCAACUUUAAUAGUGAUGAUAGUAAUAAGGCGAGGUUGGUAGAGAUGAAGUGGUGGAGAUUUUAAGAUAGUGCGAGAGACCAUUGUUUUUGUGUUGGAUCUCGUGUUAGGUGUUGCAGUUCUAUGUCACAGGAGUAUCAACAAGGAAUCUUCAGCUUCUCGAAUGGGUUGGAGAGAGGAAGGGUGAGUCCGCAGCAGCAGAUCCGGAGGGAGAAGGUGAGGUUCGAGGCAGCGCCAUUGGUAGGGAUAGAGGAAGAGGAAGCGGUGUACGAGAGCGGCGGGAUGUUGUCGGAGAUGUUCAAUUUCCCUCCGGCGGCGGAGCUGGUGGAGCAGCAGCAGCAGGCGGUGACGGGGAGGCAAGGCGGGGAGUGGUACGGAAACAGACAAAACGGUGGGAAUAAUGGGCGAGAUGGUUUGGUUCACAACCAGAUUCCAAGCAUUAAUGCUGACUCAGCAGCAGCCAUGCAGCUUUUUCUGAUGAACCCUCAAACGAGGUCCCCUUCGCCUCCUCCUUCCUCCACACUUCACAUGCUGCUUCCCAAUCCUUCUUCCAAUUCCCUCCAAGGCCCUUUUGGUCAGUUCACAUGGGUUCCUCAGAACGUCGUUGAAGGACAAGGUCUUUCCUUAUCCUUGUCUUCUUCCCUCGAAGCAGCCAAAGCCGAGGAAUUCAGAAUUGGGGAUACUGGUUUUCUUUAUUACAAUCAUCAGCAACCUGCUGCUGCCGGAGGACCUUCUUCUUCUUCUUCCACUCUUCAGUAUCCGUACAAGAAUAAUACUCAUCAGACAUUGCAUUUGCAAGGGGCGAUGGGACACGACAGCAACCACCAGGGACAUGUUGGCUUUGCCUCUUCCUCGUUAGGUGUAGUUAAUGUUAUGAGAAAUUCCAAAUAUGUCAAGGCUGCUCAAGAUUUACUUGAGGAGUUUUGCAGUGUUGGGAGGGGUCACUUUAAGAAGACCAAGUUCAAUACACAAAAUUCAAACCCUAAUUCAAAUCCUGCUGCUGGCGGUGCUGCUUCUUCGCCUUCCUCGAAAGAUGCUCCUCCUCCUCCUCCUUUGUCAGCGCCUGAUAGGAUUGAGCAUCAGAGAAGAAAGGUCAAACUUCUAUCAAUGCUUGACGAGGUGGAUCGGAGAUACAACCACUACUGCGAGCAAAUGCAAAUGGUAGUGAACUCAUUUGACCUGAUGAUGGGUUUUGGCGCGGCAGUUCCGUACACAGCACUGGCGCAGAAAGCAAUGUCUCGGCAUUUCCGGUGUCUGAAGGACGCAAUAACAGCGCAGCUGAAACACAGUUGUGAGCUACUAGGAGAGAAAGAUGGGGCAGGGACCUCAGGUUUGACCAAGGGAGAGACCCCAAGGCUUAAGAUGUUAGAACAAAGCCUAAGACAGCAAAGAGCCUUCCACCAAAUGGGGAUGAUGGAACAAGAAGCUUGGAGACCCCAAAGAGGCUUGCCUGAACGAUCUGUCAAUAUUUUAAGAGCCUGGCUUUUCGAGCAUUUUCUCCACCCGUAUCCAAGCGAUGCAGAUAAGCAUCUGUUAGCACGACAGACUGGGCUAUCGCGAAAUCAGGUAUCAAACUGGUUCAUUAAUGCCAGGGUUCGGUUGUGGAAACCCAUGGUGGAAGAGAUGUACCAACAAGAACUUAAGGAAGCAGAGUGUGCAGAAGAGAGAGAAAAGAACAGCAAUAGUAGUGGGAACCAAGCACAAACUCCAAGCACAUCAACAGCAACAGCGCCACCACCACCACCCACAAUAACAACAAAACCAACAGGCAAAAGAUCCGAUAUCAAUGCCCCCGAAAGCGACCCUUCACUCGUUGUAAUCAAUAGACAAGGCUUCUCGGAAAACCAAGCGAAACAGUCCACCUCCGCCACCACCUCCACCACUGCCAUGGCCUCCGUCAGCGCCCCCGCCUCUGAGGUGGCGCCACCCGUGUCUCAGUGUUUCGACUCAGACCUGCCCCCACACAGGUUAAUGGCCACAGAUGACACGUGUCGCUUUGUCACACCAGAUUUUGGGACCGCAUCUGCAAGUGCUGACAUUGGAUCCACUCUCAUUAGGUUUGGGACCACACCGGGUGACGUGUCACUUACCCUAGGGCUUCGCCACGCCGGGAACAUGCCCGAGAAAACUCCUUUCUCUGUUAGAGACUUCGGAGGCAUUUAAUUAAUAAACUUCAAUAUAGUACUACUACUUCACAUAAUAAUCAUAUCAUAAUAAAUAUAUAUAUAGGAAGAUGCUCCACCAUAUUAUAUAUCAUCAAAGGUAAACAUUCUUUUUUUUCCAUUUUAAUAUUUCUCAGCUAUUCCUCAAUCCGUCUUAUUUGCACUGUGGAAGGACAGGAAAAAAGGAAAUUCGAUAAGAGAAAGGUAGUCUCAUGAAGGUAGCUAUUAGCUAGGUGUAGCAUUAAUAUGAUAUCUAUUGCAUAAGUGUAUAGCAGAUUGUUUUUCAUUAUUUUUUUCACCAUGUAUGUACUUGAUUAUUUAAGUUUUGUAGCUUAAUUAGUUUGAUAGGACUUAAUUGAUCUGGUCAAUAACCAGAAUAGUUACUGUUUCUUUUUUGUUUUUUUUUCCCCUUCUAAAAUCGUGAAAUGUCAAACCUACCAAUGUCCAUAA